CUUGAUCCGUGCACUGAUCCCGCUUCUUACCUGAGCGACUGCCCCUUCCGCUCUUCCUCCACUCCGCUGCUGAGGGGGGUGGGUGCGGUUUGUUUUCGCAUUACCUGUCGAAAGAUUUUAUUCAACGAUGCCGGGAUAUUAAGAACAAUCUCAAAACCACUUCACAACUAUGAGCAGUCAGCCGCGCUCCAACCGGGGACACCGGGACAGAAACGGAGACGGUCGAUACUACAGGGACCAUGAGAAUAGACGCUCAUCACCAGACAGGUCUUCCUCUCAACCUCCCUAUUAUCCCAGAGAAGAUUCCCGCUCUUCUAAGAAUGGCCGGGAUGUCCCAAGAGUGGAGCACCGUGAAUCUGACUCCAAAUGCACCCACAUGUGCUCUAGGAGAGGCAUUGUCCUCAUCUGUGCUGUCCUGACCAAUGCCCUGGUCCUGAUAUGUGUGGUGGCAGCUCACAUGGUGACUUCAGGUAUGUCCGCUGCAGCUGGGAUGGGUGGUUUCAACAUCAACUCCAACUUCAACCUCCAGGGCACUGAGCUGCAAAAAGUGCGAGACCUGGACAUGCAGUACAGCCAGAUGAGGGCGCCAACCAUCUAUGGAGGCAUCUCUUUCAGUUUGACCUUUGGGGUCAUCAGCCUGCUUUUUGUAGUAUCUGGGAAUAAACCACCCCACUUAAUGUCCCGAAAGCUACUAGUUGGAGCACUAAUUUUCCAAGCUGUGGGAGCAGUACUCUACAUUGUCGCUGUUGGACUGUACUUACAUUUUAUUAUAAGGGUGAACUCAACAGAUGUGUGCCAGCAGCGAAAGAUAAUUUAUUCUCGAAAUGGGUACACCUGGAUGAAUUGUGAUGUGAGUGGGGCAGACGCAGCAGUGGCUCUGUUUGGGCUUAUAACGGCCAUCCUGUACAUAGCUGGGACAGUGCUCACAUUUAAGACAAUCAGAGCAGUCAAUUACUACCUGCAGGAGAGGAAAAGGAGGCAUGCAGACAGAAACGAGGCCCGCUCCCAGCCACACAGUGCUCCCCUCAGGGCUGCAACCUCGUCUGUGUAAGGGCAUAGUAUGAUAAUGUUUAAUUUUAAAUGUACCAAGGUUAUUCAUAAUUUAAUUUUUGUCACCUAUUGUGACCACACUGUACAUUUUCGUACUUUGAUUAUAUUUGUUAACAUUUUGUUAUGUAAUUUUUUACAAUUUUCUUUUUAUACUUAACUUUACAUUCAUGCCAAAAUGGUUAUUUGCAAAGGGUUGAUUUGAAGGUAAAUAAGACUUUUUUUUUAUUUGGAUUUUUUGUUUUGUUUCCUAACAUAAUAAAUGAUUAAAUGAUAUGAAUAAAAGUAA